CUAUGUCUUUAUUGUAUGGUUGGAAAUGAUGUUAUAACAUCAUACAUUUUGAAAAAUAUUGGAAGACAUUGGUGGCCAACACAAGGACUUUUAUGCUUGACAUUUUUCACACCGCCAGAUGCAAUAAACGGCCAGGAUUCUUGUGAUUUCAGAACCCGCAUUUUUAUAAGCUAUUUAAACAACUCGUCCUCACCGUUCAUCCUCGUUCAAUUGUUUGCCAGAGCACAGCUUACAGAUAUGUGCAGUAGUAACUCAUCACCCUCAGUAUCGCCGGCCCUCCCAUGGAAGACGCGCCUUUCCAUCCGCCUCCUGUCGGCCGCCACUGACCUCGUUCGCCGUCCUAACGGCACAAUUAACCGCCGUCUCAUGUCCCUCCUCGAUUUUACAACACCUGCCACUCCCAAACCCAUCAACGGCGUCAAGUCUUCCGACAUAAUCGUCGAUCCCAUCCGCAAUCUCUGGUUUCGCCUCUUCAUUCCCACGGCGACCACUUCAACUUCCCUCCCCGUUCUCAUCUUCUACCACGGCGGUGGUUUCGCCUUCCUCUCUCCCUCCUCCAAAGCCUACGACGCCGUUUGCCGCCGCUUCGCAAGUGAACUCCCCGCCGUUGUUAUCUCCGUCCAUUACCGUCUCUCCCCAGAGCAUCGUUUCCCUUGUCAAUACGACGACGGUCUCGACGUCCUGAAAUUUCUCGAUGGCAGCCAUGACGAAUCGGUACUGCCCGAUAUGGCGGACACGUCCAAGUGCUUUUUGGCGGGUGAUAGCGCGGGUGCGAACUUGGCUCACCAUGUAGCGGUCAGGGCUUUUGGGGAGAGAUUUCGAAAAGUAAAGAUCGUCGGAUUGGUAUCAAUCCAGCCGUUUUUCGGGGGAGAGGAGCGAACGGAAUCGGAGAUCCGAUUAUUGAGGGCGCCGAUAGUUUCGUUGGACCGUACGGAUUGGAUGUGGAAGGCAUUCUUGCCUGAGGGGGCGAACCGGGACCACGAGGCCGCAAAUGUGAUCGGGCCGAAUGCAGUUGACAUUUCAGGUUUGGACUAUCCGGAUACACUUGUGGUGGUGGGGGGAUUCGAUCCGUUACAGGACUGGCAGAAGAGGUACUACGAUUGGUUGAAGAAAUCGGGAAAAGAGGCGAGGUUACUCGAGUAUCCAAACUCGAUCCACGCAUUUUAUGUGUUUCCCGAGUUGCCCGAGGCGUCGCAGUUGCUUGAGCAAAUCAAGGAUUUCGUGACUUCAUCUGCUCUAAAAUCUAAGCUGCGUUAGCGAAAUAAAGGGACAGUCACGAGAUGCAACCGAGGGGCAGUCGUCUAAGCCACGUCAGUCGAGUUAUUAUUAAAAAAAAAAAAAUAGAAAGAGAGAUGCAGAGGUUGUCUUCUUCAUUGGUGGGUGUUUCCGGAUCAACUCCAGGUGCUUCCCCUCCUCUCAGCGUAGAAAACACUAACAACAACAGUAAGGGUAAACAAAGAUGAUGAACAUCGCCUAAAUGAAGACAACGACUAUGUGGAAAUAUUUUUUUUAUUUCUGUUUAUUUUUUAUUUAUUGGAUGUAAAUCUGGAUGUUUAAUUUGUGUUGUUGUUCCAUUUGGUGAAAAUGUUUGCAAAACUAGGGCUUUUUUAUUUCCUGGAUUUAGAUCUACUUCUCAACUUGUGUUCGUUGGAAUCUAUUUUUUGCUGUUGGGUUUCUCAGCUA